AUGCAAAGCUCACGCGGGUCAAUUAACACCGCAACACCACCACCUUCUGCCGCCGCCUCCCUCCCACCCCACCGCAAAAUGUUGCUGAAUAAAGAUAAAGAAGAAUUCAUUUUCCGGUCUAAACUUCCAGAUAUCUACAUACCAAAUCAUUUUCCAAUUCAUACGUAUUGUUUUCAGAACAUAUCAAAACACAGCACAAGGCCAUGCCUCAUCAACGCCGCCAACGGCGAAGUAUUCAGCCACGCCGAUGUCAAACUCACAGCCGGUAAAGUCGCCGCCGGACUCAACAAACUCGGCAUCCAACAAGGCCAAGUCGUAAUGUUAUUACUCCAUAACUCGCCGGAAUUCGUGUUCGCUUUUCUCGGAGCAUCAUACAUCGGAGCUGUAACCACCACCGCCAAUCCACUUUACACUCCGGCGGAGAUUGAAAAACAGGCCACCAUAUCCAAACCAUACCUCAUAAUCACCCAUGCCAUUUAUGCUCAGAAAGUCAAGAACUUUGCUCAACAAAAUGGUGUAAAAAUAUUUUGCAUUGAUCCUCCGCCGGAGAGUUGUUUCCACUUCUCCGAACUGACUCAGGCCGAUGAAAAUUCCGUCCCAUUAGUCAACAUCCACCAGGAUGAUAUGGUCGCACUUCCAUUUUCCUCAGGUACCACCGGCUUCCCAAAAGGGGUGAUGUUAACACAUAAAAACCUAGUAACCUGCGUGUCCCAACAGGUUGAUGGAGAAAACCCUACUCUGUAUAUUCAUCCUGAGGACCUCACCAUUUGUGUACUGCCAUUGUUUCAUGUUUACUCGCUUAUUACAGUGAUGCUUUGCACUCUUCGAGUGGGGUCUGCAAUUCUUAUAAUGCAGAAAUUUGAGAUCAAUGCGUUAAUGGAAAAUGUGCAGAAAUAUAAGGUGACCAUUGCACCAUUUGUGCCUCCAAUACUUUUGGCCAUAGCCAAAAAUCCGGUGGCUGACAGGUUUGAUCUUUCAUCUGUAAGAAGGGUGGUGUGUGGUGCGGCUCCCAUGGACAAGAAGCUCGAAGAUGCAGUCAGAAGGAAGCUACCCAAUGCCACAAUUGGGCAGGGCUAUGGCAUGACAGAGGGUGGGGUGGUAUCAAUGUGUUUGGGAUUUGCCAAAGAAGCAUUUCAAUUCAAAUCAGGUUCAUGUGGAACUGUCAUUAGGAACGCCCAGAUGAAAAUUGUUGAUCCCCAAACAGGCCUUUCUCUUCCAUAUAAUCGAGCUGGGGAAAUUUGGAUUAGAGGAGACCAGAUUAUGAAAGGCUAUUUGAAUGAUCCGGAGGCCACGAAGAGUACAAUAGAUAGAGAGGGAUGGAUGCAUACAGGUGAUAUUGGGUAUGUGGACGAAAAUGAAGAAUUAUUCAUUGUGGACCGAUUGAAGGAACUGAUUAAAUAUAAAGGGUUCCACAUAGCUCCUGCAGAACUUGAAGCAUUAUUAAUUGCUCAUCCCAGUAUUUCUGAUGCUGCAGUUGUACCGUAA